GGCCCGUGUGUUUUUGGGGGAGGGGUGAGGUGACGUGAGGUAUCUAAUACAGGGACGCCCCUGUCAAGGGGGCGGUGGGGAAGCGGUAAAAACAACAGAAUCCGGCCUCUCGAAACUAAAAGAAAGGGAGGGGAGGUCGAUAGGUGAAAGAGAUGGUGGUGUGCUCUGUGUGUGAUUGAACGCGAGCGGUCGAACAAGCGGAGCCGCUCCGUCGGCAAAUGGCAGACGAGGCUGUUGUUGUGGGGGAGGGGAGGUCACAUGAGGGUCAUCUCCCUUGUCUCCCAGAGCGCAUGCUCCUCCCUCAGCAUCUGGUGCGGUAGUAGUAGGAGGAGGGGAGGAGGACAAUGAGCAAUGAAGAACACACGCCGCUCCUGGAACCUGGUGCUGGAGGUUUCACUGAACAACAACAACAGUAUUUUCAUAACGUGUGGAAUAGGAAUCUCUACCUGGCUACAUUUGCUGCUGUUCUGGGGCCUCUUAGUUUUGGCUUUGUCCUUGGCUACAGUUCUCCUGCCAUUCCGGAAUUGCAAACUGAUUCAAACUUGCAUCUGCAUCUUGAUUCCACUCAGGCUUCCUGGUUUGGGUCCUUAGUUACGAUAGGUGCAGCUGUGGGUGGCAUAAUUGGAGGAUGGAUUGUUGAUAAAAUUGGCAGAAAGCUGACCCUGAUGAGCUGUGCUGUUCCGUAUGUUGUCGGGUUUACGAUAAUCGUUGCAGCACCGAAUGUCUGGAUGCUGUACAGUGGUAGAAUAUUGACUGGAUUGGCCAGUGGAGUCACCUCACUGGUUGUGCCUGUCUACAUUUCUGAAAUGGCCCACCCUAAAAUACGAGGGCUGUUAGGAUCCAGUGUUCAGCUGAUGGUGGUAACUGGAAUCAUGGGUGCAUAUGUCGGUGGAAUGGUCUUGACCUGGUAUUGGCUUGCUGUGUUAUGUUCCUUACCACCAACCCUCAUGGUCGUACUAAUGUGCUUCAUGCCAGAAACUCCACGGCACCUGCUUAGAAAGAACAAACGUGCUGAAGCACUAAGGGUCCUGGCAUGGCUGAGAGGACCUGAAGUAGAUUCUGAAUGGGAAUGCAGACAGAUUGAAGCAAAUUGUGAAGAGCAGGAUACCAAGUUUGCACUUUCAGAGCUAAAAAAUCCAACAAUUUACAAGCCUUUACUUAUAGGAAUAUCUAUGAUGCUAUUUCAGCAGUUAAGUGGAAUCAAUGCAGUGAUGUUUUAUGCUGAAAGCAUCUUUGAACAAGCAAAUGUUAAGAACAGCAGUGAGGGCUCUGUAAUAGUUGGUGUUGUUCAGGUAGUUUUCACAGCUGUGGCUGCUAUCAUCAUGGACAAAGCAGGGAGAAAACUUCUCCUGGCAAUAUCAGCGUUGAUCAUGUCCAUCAGUGCAGCAGUCUUUGGGGUAUAUUUUAAAAUCUGGCAAGCACAUAUCAACAACUCCUCUCUACAUAAAACGGACAUUUUAACUGUUGUGAAUUCAGUUUCUGAGGUUCCAACAUGGUUGCCUCUUGUCUGUCUAGUCGUCUUUAUAACAGGUUUUGCACUUGGCUGUGGCCCUAUUCCAUGGUUGGUGAUGUCAGAGAUAUUUCCAGUCAGGGCGAGAGGCAUAGCAAGUGGAGCAUGUGUCCUGACAAACUGGUCAACAGCGUUUUUGGUAACCAAGGAAUUCCAUGACCUUGUUAAAUACAGCAGACUGUGGAAUUGAGAGAUACCAAACAGCCUAUUCAGACAUUGAAUCAGAAACAAUAUCUGAAUGUUUUACUUGAAAGGUAAAGCACUAAAUGACGAAAUAGAGACUACUUCAAAUACUAGCCGAUGAGAAAUUGGUUGUUGAUCAGGUCCUAUUUAAGGUUUGUAACAACCUUACAUUUUUCCACCUUAUACUCUAUCUGUCAAAGAUUUGAGAGGUGUCAAAAAUAUCAGCAUUCAAAUAGAAGCUAUGUAUAUUGCUUGUUACACAUUGAAGAUCGCUGCUACAUGUGGAAGAAGGAAUAAAAUUUGUUGCUACCAUUUUGUAGUAAAAGUCAUGCCCUUUAUGAAAUUAGUCAGUGCUUUUGUUCACUUUAUGCAUAAAUAUUAGUAUAUUCCUUUGUUUCUUUUAAGUAUUUAAAUAACUUUUUUAUAUUACCAGAAAAUCUCAAAUGAUUCAAUUUUGUUUCAGGAAAACAUUACCCAGUAUGGGACCUUCUGGCUCUUUUCAAGUUUCUGUUUCAUGAAUCUGCUCUUCACCAUUUUCUUUGUCCCUGAAACAAAAGGGAGAACAUUGGAACAAAUUGAGGCCUAUUUUAAAGCAACUACUUAAGGGCGGUUAAAUGAAUCAAUUAUUUUAAAGCUGCUUUUAUUCAAUAUUGUAUACCUGUGAUUGUAUACAAUUCUUUUAAAGUGGUAAUUAAACAGUACCAAACCCUGGGCCCCUGUUGAUACUGCAACUGUCGAUAUCAUAUCUUAUCAUUGUUUAUUUCCUUGCAUUGGUUCCCUGCUCAUCUUCCCCUAUAAUCUGUUUUAACACGAAACACAAAUUCUAGGACCAGAAGUCACGCUACACUGGUGUAUAUAUAGAAACAGAAGACUGGACCCAAGUGAAUAUAGUACUGUACAGAUUAAUAUUUUUAUGUUUUAAAAUUUUAUCUUAAAUUUGUUUUGACAAUUGUCCAUGGUCACUACAGCAAGCCAAAUUUGUAUGAGUCAUUUGGUGGAAAAAUCUCAAAUGGCCAAGUUUGUAUGCAAACACUUAUUUGGGGUAAUUUGAAGGAUUGUGUAAACCAGAACCAGCAAAUGAGAAGUCCAUUUUCAUUUCUCCCAAUUCCCUACUAUCCAAAGUCAAAAUUGCCACCACAGUGUCUAUAGCAAAUUUGUUAAAAACAAGUAGCAAGGCCCAUUAUCCAAAGCAACUACUUAAUGCAAGCCUAAUUUCUUUCAAAAAUGUGUAAUUAUCGUAUUAUUGUAAAUUGAAGAGAAUUGACAAGGUUACUUAUUCCUUGUUGCUUUGAUAUGUUUUAUGUUUUAACAGAAGAUUACAUACUUGGACUUUGUUUGUAACCCUAUUUAACACACUACCUCACUGAAUAAUGUCAGCAAAAUGAAGCAUGUUGUUAAUUUUAUGUUUACCUUGCUUGUUAUAAAAUGUGAAUUAUAAAAUACUUGCUUGGUUUUUAAAAUUAUGUUGAAUUUUUUUUUGCCAAUAUUGUAAUAAAUCGAACAUAAUGGAA